AUGCCUUCGUCCGUGCAUAAAAUACUUAUUCACGGAGAAAAAAUCAUUGAGUACUAUGCUAUUUUAACUAUAGGACAAUUAUCCGAAGCCGCGCAAGAAUCCCGAAAUAAGAUUACAAAAAGUUUAGACUUCAUCAUUCUAGAAAGUGUUCAAGACGAUCGGGUCAAGAGAUAUUGGGCAGAUCGUGAUGUCCCCUAUCUGCCACCAGUCCCACUUGUGGGCAACAUGACUUUCCUGCUAAGAGAGAAUAUCGUUUAUUGGUUGGAAAGGGUGUAUCAUCAACAUUAUGAUAGGCCCUAUGUAGGCUUUUGGAUCUUCUGGAGACCUGGUCUGCUCGUCAAUUCACCGACUAUAGCCAGGAACAUAUUAAAUAGAGACUUUGACAUCUUCAAAAAUCACCUCUUGAGUUCCGGUAAAACAGACCCCGUUGGUUCACUGAAUCUCUUUACUGCCAAGGAUCCUCUUUGGUCACAUUUACGACUGCAACUUGGCGGUUUAUUUACAAGUGCAAAGCUCAGAAAAUUUCAAGAUUACACUCGAAUCAAAUCGAAAGAAUUAGUUCAAAGAAUCCAUAAUGAUCGCAACAGCAAGGUUGACAUGAUGACUCUUUUCAUUGAUUACACAACCGACGUAAUCGGUACUACGUUGUUUGGCAUUAAGAGCGAUGCUACUUUGACGGGAGCUGGUCCUUUAAGGGACAUCACUAAGGACUUCUCAAAAUAUACUUUCCUCAGAGGUUUUUCCGAUGAUAUAAUUGUAGGUCAGGCUGCUAUCUUUCUAUUCGGUGGGUAUGAUACUUCUGGAAGACUUCUGACAUUUACGGUUUAUGAACUAGCACAUAAUCAAGAAAUACAGGAUAAAUUAUAUCAAGAAUUAUCAGAAACUGUGCGCUGUAAGGGAAAUGAUGACUUCGAUUUGACAACACUUACGGAAUUGCCAUAUCUUAACGCUGUCAUUAAAGAAACGCUUCGAAUAUAUAUUCUAAUGGGAUGGAUUGACAGAGUUGCAUCAGAAGACUACAAGAUAGAUGACAACUUGACUAUAGAAGCUGGUACCGUAGUUUAUAUUAACGCAGCUGGAAUGCACAAAGAUCCUAAAUACUUUCCCGAACCUCACAAGUUUGAUCCUGAGAGAUUUUUACCAGAAAAUAAGCAUAACAUCGAGCCUUACACCUAUUUACCUUUUGGAGAGGGACCAAGGGCUUGUAUUGGCAAGAGGUUUGGUUACAUGACGGUACAAUUCGCUCUGGCACACAUGUUGCUUAAAUACAACAUUCUUCCAUACGCCGAUUCACCCAAGCCUUCAGAGAUAAAGGCUAAUACCAAGGCUGUUUGGUACGUUCCCGAGGAAUUGAUGUACGUUCAGUUUGUACCGAGAUAAUGUCUUCGCUAAGAAUAAUAUGAUUUUUGAAAGUACUAUUUGUAUAAUAUAUAAUAUGCAUAUAAUUAAUUGAAGGAUUGAAGAUUUAAGAAGGAAUUUAUUAAUUUUUGAUUUUCUCAUUUCAAUAUUUAUAUUAAAACUAGCUGACCGCGUAAA